AUGGAGGCCGACGAGUCUCAACUGUACCAAUUUAGCACCCCUCAGCAGAGCAACAGCUUCAAACGAGCCCGCCGCAGUCUCCAGAGCACCACGCCCUUGAGCAGCGUCACUGAGAGCGUCACCUCGUCGCCCAGGCACUCUGGCCAGAACCAAUUCGCGCCUCAGCUCUUCGAUCACAUCAAUGCGCUCAAGCAUCUCGAUGACCAGCAGAUCCUCUCACUCCUAUCCGCCGCCCGCAGCAAUGGAGGUCAGUCGAACUUCGCCUCUGACGGCCAGGCCAUGUUUGCUCACGCAUUCCCAGAUGGCAUGCGUCGUUCUGCCGCAGACAGGUCGUCCAUGUCGACCGUCGGGAGCCGCGCGUCCUCUUACUUGAGCGUGCCGUCGAGUAGAGUACCCAGCAUGCUCUCCGACCCGCGCUCCUCUAUCGCAUCCACAGACUCUUCCUUUACCCACUACAGCGCCGCUUCGUCGCGUCUCUCCACUGCUUCUUCCCGCCUCUCCACUCUCUCCACCGCAUCGACGCCCGCGCCCAAGAACUUUGCCUGCACCUUUUGCGACAAAGCCCUCAAGUCAAAACCCUACUGGAAGUCGCACGAGGAGGAGUUCCACGAGCAACGGCUCACAUGGCGAUGCCCCGAUUGCGAACAAAUCUUCCAUGCGGGGAAGCGUUUCCGUGAGCACCACACAAAGCUACACGGCUGCGAACACUGCAAACAACCAAGGGAAAGUGGCCAACCCACUAGCAGGAAAGCGUCGCCAUGUGUCAAGAAAUACGAGAUUGUCAUGCACGACAAAGACGCUUGGGGUUGUGGCUUCUGUGCUUGUCUACUGACCACAUGGGAAGAGAGAUGCGAGCACAUCGCCCUCCACUUUGAAGAAAAGGGCGCAUCCAAGUGGAACUUUACCAACGUCGUCCUCGGUCUUCUCAAACAGCCAGAGGUCUCGAGCGCGUGGAACCAGAUGAUGACAGAUCGCCACGGCGACGAAUCAAACUGGCCGUCGUUAGCAUGGGAGUCUAAAAAGUGCAACCGUCUACGGUACAAGCUCGAGACAAAGUGGGAUACGCGCGUGUUCGACAUUGAGAAGUUGGUGCAGGACACCUACGACUUGGCCGAAAUCGAAGUCAAAGACGUCGUCGAGCCGACCACUGAGUCCACACCUGACGUUUCAGAGCCGGCGGAUAACAGCCAAGGCGAGAUGGUCGAAUUCAAACUGGAGCAGAACGACUUUGUAAACGACAACAGGCUCCAGAGCUCACAUGGGCUAUCUCAAGAGCACAUGAUGAUGGAUAUUGAUCCGGUGGAUCCACCGCAGCAGAUGCAUCAUCAAGACAUGCAGCAGUCACAAUGGCCUGUCAGCAGCAACAUAUCUCACCAGAGCAUGAGUGCAGCAACGGGCAUGAGUGGAUUUGGUGCUUUCGACCCCAGCAUGACCUCGAUGCCGACAGAUUUCUCACAACCAAUGGCACAGAGCUUCCAACCACAAACACAGGGUUGGCCGAACGCAAGCUUCGCAUCGACGCCCGACCUGCUUAGCUAUCAACAACCCGCACAAUACAUGGACUACCAGCAACCUAAAGAGAUAGUUUCCGUUCCGACGUCGCAGUUCGCCAACUUUGGGCAUUAUCCACGGGCAAAGUCUCCCACCCAACUUCCUCCAGCAACAGCAGCAACAGCAGCGCCCAGCACGCCGCCGUCGCGUCGUUAUAUUCCCAAGCUGAUUAAUAUUUCCAACAAUUCAAGUCAUCGCGGCAUCCAGAUCGAGCAGCCAACCGCUCCUCCGAGCAAGGAUGAGCACCAGAUGCGACUUCUCGCGACUCAUCAUGAGGCGUCGUGGCAGCAACAUCUCACGACACACCAGAGUCGCGCAUCGCGACAUGGGGGGCACUUGGAGCGACGAUUUGCCCUGGGGGGAAACAGUUCGCAGAGCUCCACGGAAUCUUCAUCGCACGUUUUAGAUGCAAUCGGCUGGCCCGGCAACACGUGCACCCCACUGGGUUUCGGAAUCCCAAAAUAA